UCCCUCCCGCGCCGCGCGUCCUCCCGCCGCCCCCGCCGCCGCGCCCCCGGCGGACCGGGGAGGGGGCCUGGCGCGGUGGCCGCUCGGCUCGCGGCUCGGCCGGGAGGGGACGCGUGUGCGCCCCGCUGCCCGCGGCGCUCGCCAGCAGCAUGCUCUAUUUCCAGAUGGUGAUCAUGGCCGGGACGGUGAUGCUGGCGUACUACUUCGAGUACACCGACACGUUCACCGUGAACGUGCAGGGCUUCUUCUGCCACGACAGCGCCUACCGCAAGCCCUACCCGGGCCCGGAGGACCGCAGCGCCGUGCCCCCCGUGCUGCUCUACUCGCUGGCAGCCGGCGUCCCCGUGCUCGUGAUAAUAGUUGGAGAAACUGCUGUGUUUUGCUUACAACUAGCCACAAGGGACUUUGAAAACCAGGAAAAAACUCUUUUAACGGGAGACUGUUGCUACAUAAAUCCGCUGGUGCGCCGCACUGUCCGGUUUCUUGGAAUUUAUACAUUUGGACUGUUUGCUACAGAUAUCUUUGUAAAUGCUGGACAAGUUGUUACAGGGAAUCUGGCACCACAUUUUCUUGCCCUUUGUAAGCCCAACUAUACAGCGCUCGGAUGUCAGCAGUACACCCAGUUCAUCAGCGGGGAAGAAGCCUGCACAGGCAACCCAGAUCUCAUCACGAGAGCAAGGAAAACAUUUCCAUCCAAAGAAGCAGCACUCAGCGUCUAUGCUGCCAUGUAUCUGACAAUGUACAUUACCAACACAAUCAAAGCCAAAGGAACUAGACUUGCUAAGCCAGUUCUGUGCUUGGGAUUAAUGUGUUUGGCCUUUCUUACUGGACUCAACAGAGUAGCAGAAUAUCGGAAUCAUUGGUCAGAUGUCAUAGCAGGCUUUCUGGUUGGAAUAUCUAUAGCAGUAUUUCUGGUUGUGUGUGUGGUAAAUAAUUUUAAAGGCAGACAGCCUGAAAAUGAGCACGUACACAUGGAAAACCUGGUUCGGAUGCCAGCCAUCAACGUGCCUCGGGUAGAAAGUCCACUGGAAAAGAACCACAUCACCGCCUUUGCGGAAGUCACAUGAUAUUGAAGCAGAUGGCUUGUCCCUACAUUGGACAUCUUCCCUUUUUACCAUCCAUUCAUAACACCCAAAGUUUGUUUGAUCACAAAAGAAGUUUGUAAAGUUGUCUAAUAAUUUUUAUAAUUUUAAAAUCAAUGUCAGCCUGUUUUCCCCACUAGACUGUGAGCUCCUCGAGGGCAGGACUGUGUCUUUCUUUUCUGUAUCCCCGGCACCUACAGGGAAGACUAAUACAAAGUAGGUGUUCAAUUAAAAAAAAAAGAGAGAUGACCAAAUGAACAAAUUAAUCCUGAAAUAAAAUGUUCACUUCAGUUUCUCAAAGAAUCUCUGUGACUAUGUGGAAGGAAACCUCUCCAUGAGUCAUAUUUGAAUAAGAAAAUCCUCCAUUUUGGGCUAGUUAAGACUUUUUAAUUUUUCAUAUAUCUAUUUAGCAGUACACUAUAUUUAAUUUGAAGUGGACUUUGAAAGUCACGGGGGUUUUUAUUUUAUCAUUCAGCAUGACAUUAUUUCCAUCCUAACAGAUUUCAGUGUGUGAAAUGACUUUACUUUUAGAAAGAAUAUCCUGUACUAAACUAAUGUUUGCACAUUAUCUUAGGCUGUACAUCACUUAAAAUACCAUUCAUCCCAUCCACUCUAAGACUGGUGCUUCUGUUUUUGAAGGGGAAAAUGCCAAUUUUUACUGUAAUAAGUAAUGUAUCAUAAUUUAAAAAUUAUUUAUU